AUGAAUUUUAAGGCUGAUGAAGAGAAGAUGCCAUGUGUAACGCAAACAGAAGACGAGCUGGUAGUAUCCGAGCCUGCGACAGUGGAAAACAGAUAUUUGUUGUCAAGAGGUUACUCGUCGAACAUAAGGGUAAACACUCAGCACUAUCUCUGGAAGGAAGGGCUGUACCUCCUCCAUCCAAGCAUCCCAAUUAAUGGAGAGAAUCUAAGGGUGGCAGAGAUAGGUGUUGGGACUGGUAUCUGGCUCUCCGAAAUGGCUCGGAUCCUCCCUGGUUCAGCACAAUUAGAUGGGUUCGACGUCAGUCAUGCACAAUGCCCGCCAAGCAAAUUCCUUCCCUCAAACGUCUCUCUCUACAUCCACAACUGUCUUGAGGAUCCUCCAAGUGAUUUGCUUGAACAAUAUGACAUUAUUCAUAUCCAAAUGUUCAACUCGGUUGUCGAGAACAACGAUCCCGAGCCUGUUGUCCGCAAUAUGGUGAAGAUGCUCAAGCCCGGAGGUUAUAUCUCUUGGAGUGAAUUUGAUUUUGCGACAUGGAAAACCAUUAGUAGCACAGGGGACAAGCCGAGCGACUCUCUAGACAGGCUUCUAUGGUACAAUGCAACGGCCGGCAACACGAAGCCAGUAAACUUUCUGGCUACACACUGGCCUCUUGAGCUCCCUGAAAUCUACGCUAGAAACAACCUCUCGGAAAUAGUGACGGAGCGAGCACCGUUUGCCACAGAUGUAGCAGCUUACAUGCUUGACACUUUCUUGCUUGCCGCAGAAGAAUUGAGCUUCAACGUACUGGAUCAUCUUGGGGGUGGCCAGGGUGAUGUGGCCAGAGAUUUGAUUAAGCAGGUCGAAAGAGAGAGAAGAGACAUCACUAUUCAAUUAGAUAGAUUGAUUGCUGUUGGGAGAAGGAGCCGCCGUAAAUUGAUCCUUCAUAUCUACCCAACAGCGUUCCCCGUCUUCCCCAGGUGCAAAAUACCUAAGAAGAAAGUAAAUAUAAAUAAAGCCGCUCCUAGGAGGGUAUCGAAAGCGGCGGUAGAGACUAGAACCCGUAAGCUGUCUAGGAAGGCGCUUAAGGUACUUAAGAAUAAGGGUUAUAAUAAGGUCGAGGAACCUAGCUUAAAUAAUAAAGAUACUAUAUAG